UGUCGUCCAUUUACAGCGUCCCGCCAUUUUAAGUUGAGGACAAAAUCUUUUUUUCUCCUGGCGAGAAGCUAACCAAGCUGAAGCCACUUUAUCUUUCACUUUGGCUGAAGUAUAUUCAUCUGUGGGAAAACAACUUGCUUUGAACAAGGAGAGUGCACGCUCUUAUUCCACGUUGCCUGAUUUGGGCUCUCGGAGUUUUAAAGGGAUUGAAUGAAGAGUUGAGGUGAAAGAUGACCCAGUUUUUACCCCCCAACCUGCUGGCCCUAUUUGCGCCGCGGGACCCCAUACCAUUUCUGACGCAGUUGGAGAAGCUGCCCCAUGAGAAACACCACAACCAGCCAUACUGUGGCAUUGCUCCCUUCAUCAGGCACUUUGAGGACCCCAGAGAUGCCCCUCCCCCUACUAGGGCAGAAACUCGUGAUGAGAGGUUGGAGAGAAAGAGGAGGGAGAAGAUCGAGAGGCGGCAGACGGUUGUGGAGACAGAACUGAAGCUCUGGGAUCCACACAAUGACCCCAAUGCUCAGGGGGAUGCCUUCAAGACCCUGUUUGUGGCUCGCGUGAAUUAUGACACAACAGAAUCCAAGCUUCGCCGUGAGUUUGAGGUCUACGGCCCCAUCAAAAGGAUUUACAUCGUCUACAACAAGCGGUCAGGGAAGCCCAGAGGAUACGCCUUCAUAGAGUACGAGCACGAGAGAGACAUGCACUCCGCCUACAAGCAUGCAGACGGGAAGAAGAUCGACGGGAAGAGAGUGCUGGUGGAUGUGGAGAGAGGCCGCACUGUGAAGGGAUGGCAGCCCCGCAGGCUAGGUGGUGGUCUUGGUGGGACGAGGAGAGGCGGGGCUGACGUCAACAUCAAGCACUCUGGAAGAGAUGACGCCUCACGUUACGAUGACCACCCCCCAAUUGGAGGGGAACGAGAGCGCGAACGUGGACCUGAGCCCAGAGGGGAGCGCAGAGAGCGCAGCCGUGAACGCGAACGGGGGGGGGAGAAAGAGCGCGGUGGCGAGAGACGGAGGUCCCGGUCCCGGGAAAGACGCAGGCGCAGCUCCCGCUCCAGAGAGAGGGAGAGGGGUGACAGGGGUCUGGGCCUGGCAGUGCCCGGAGAGGAGAGCGUAGGGGGUAGCAGGAGGAGAGACCGAGAGAGGGAGCGGGGGGGAGGAGGGCCAGGGGGAGACAGUCGUAGCAGGGAGAGGAGCAGAGACAAGGGCGAAAGGAAGAAGAGGAGCCGCAGCCGAGAGCGCAAGCGAGACCGGGAGAGAGGCAAGGGUGGCGAGGGGGAUGAGGGCAUGGGGCUAGGAGAAGGUAUGAUGGGGGAGGGAGGAGAGAGGAUGCCUGAAGAGCCUAGUGUGGGUGAGGAAGGGGGAGAGGUGGGAGAGGAGCGCGGCGGGAGGGAGCGGGACCGUGACCGGAGGCGCAGCCACAGGGACAAGGACCGCGAUAGGGACCGGGAGAGGCACAGGGGGGAUAGGGAGAAAGACAGGGAGCAUAAGAGAGACAGGGAGCGGGGUGGCGGGGAGCGCAGGGAGGACCGGCAUGGCUCUCUCCUGCUCCCCUCGGCCAAGCAGGAUGACGUGGGUAACGGGGAGGAGGGCGACGCGCCACCCAAGCCAGAGGAGAACAGCCAGGAUGGGUUGAUGGACCAGGAGUCGGUGCAGUCGGGGGAGGGCUAUGUUUCCAACGAGAACGGCUACAAGAUGGAGACCCAGGCAGACGAGUACUAAGAGGGGUUUUGCCAUCUUUACUCAUUUCCUGUUUUUUUUAUACAACACAAACCCACACCCCCCACCCCAAACCCCAAACCCCUUACCUGUUUGUGUGAAUGAUACUGUAAUGAGCUGCUGACCUGUUAGAAACCACAACAGGUCAGUGUAGGCAUAAGAAACAAACUGUCAGUUUUAUGGGUUAAGUAGGAUUUUGUUUCUUCUGUACCCCCAGGACUAGGUCCACGCCACAAAAUAAUUAUUUCAAACCGUCCCUCGUUAUCAAACUGAUAACUGUGCUCACUGACCCUUGACAUUCGGGGGGGGGUACAAUCCUGAGAACGUCAACUGUCUGGACCUAUACUUCUACCCUCAAGAAAAUGUACACCGUUAGCUAGGUUUCCAUCCAAUUGGCGACAGAUUUUCAUGCAAAUAUUCUUAAAUCUGCAUAAAAACAUUAUGUGCAAUUUCCCACCAGAGAUGUUUCCAUCCAAUUGACUUGUUGCAAAUAAAAGGCUGUGCAUGAUGAUGCAGUGCAAAUAAAAA